UGGAAACGGGUUCACGCGUUUAAACUUGUUGAGAUGAUGGUUCCAAUUGAUUUUGAUUUUCUUUGUUUGACCAGCAGAGAUGUUGCGAUCACUGCUGUUUGUUUUAACCAUAUUUUCCCAAAUUAUCUUCCGUGAUGAUUUCUUCGUGGUAUCUCUUACCUCUAAGACCUGUUCUGCGAAAAAUCAAGAUUGCAACAUGGCGGAAGUAGAUGGUGCACAUCCAAAACUUUUUAUGCUGGAUGGUAUUAAGGUAGGACAUGUUCAGGAGGUAAAACUGAUGGAAGGAAAAAUACACCAAAUGAUAACUAGAAGCCUCAGGCCUCUUCUUUUUGAAAUACCAGACUUUUUAAGCAAGGAGGAAUGUGAACACAUAAUCAAACUUGCUGGCAAAAAGGGCCUUCAUGAAAGUACUACAUUACCUGAUCCUGACGAUGACAUUGCUUACAGUGAUGAGGAAAAGGUUGAGCAUUGUAAGAAUUUACUUUCCAAUGACAGAGGUAGUGAUGGCAAGAUUUCCACACUUGAGUUUGCUGCCUUCAUAAAACAGGAUUUUGCAAUGUCAAUAAGUGAUGCUGAUGUGGAAACGAUGUUACAAAAAGUAAACUUUGAUAAAGACAGGGAUGGUUUGAUCAGUGAAAAAGAAUGUCUUGAGGGCAAUCAUGUUGCAUUUGACCAGUACAUGAGAUACUUGGAAGACAAUCAUCCACGAGAACGGACAAGACUCAGUAAGCAGACUUGGCUGAGUGUCACAGGCAGCACUGAUGUAGUGUUAAGAGACUUACAACAAAGAGUUAAACUGUUGACAAAACUACCGAAAUAUUUUAUUGAAAACAGUGAAGACUUACAGGUUGUCCAGUAUGGUGUUCAUGGUCACUAUCACGCGCAUUAUGACUCUACAAAUGAAUGGAAUGGUCAGGCUUCACGAUGUUGUUUGGGGAAUUACUCCGAUCACUGCAGCUUGUGUAGGUUUAUGACAGUAUUGUAUUACCUUAAUGAUGUAACAGAUGGUGGAGAAACAGCCUUCCCAGUUGCUGAAGAAGAACAUAUCAACCAAACGGAAAUUGAAAAGGAAGACCGGACAAAUUUGAGCAUCCACUGUUAGGACGCCAAUGUGGUUGUUCGUCCUGCGAGAGGCAAAGCUGUAAUGUGGUACAAUCACUUGAUCAGUAAUGUGACUGGUUUGCUUGGAGAACAUGACAUGCGUUCUUUGCACGGAGGAUGUGAUGUUCUGGAAGGUUCCAAGUGGAUAGCAAACAAUUGGAUAAAUGCACCAUUUAAAUGGACAGAUGGCAACUGAUGGCGCAGAUUAAAAUUUAUUUCCAUUUUCGCGUAAAAUGCAACGCAAAAUUAAGUCUUUGCUAACCGACAAUUGCUUUCUUAUGAAUGUUAAAUUUGCAGAUAUUGAUGUAGAGGGUAUGUAUUUUUGCGAUAAACGCUGACUUUUUACCUAUUCCUGUUGUUUUCUGGUUGUAAUGAGCCCUCGAUAACUUCGUCCUCUGGAUGUGAUUCGCUAAAUGGAGGAGGUUAAUGGAUUAAGACAUACAGCUUCAAUUUGUUAAUGAUUUGCUACAUUUUUUUAAAAUUCUGUUUCCACUUUAACCUAUUCUUGCAUAAUCUUUCCUACGUUGCUAUUUAAACAAUAUAAUUUUUUUGUCGUUGUUGCAUAUUUUACUGUAGAACACUUAGCACUAGUUAAAAAGUUAGGGAAGUGUUCGAGUUCGUGAUUCACCAGGAAAUAACCGCAUUUUUUUUGCUGUAAUUGAGCUUGAAAUCGUUAUGGUAUAUUCUGCGGCGAAAUUCCUUCCUGAUUCUACGUCCAAAGUUUAUAUCUGAUUUCUACAUUUUGUUAUCUAACUGCAUUAAGUGGUAAAGUAGAGUAGAAAUAACGCGCAAAUUGAGUAUAUAUAUUUAAUAAAUAAACCCUUUCAGGAGACUGGUGUGUCGACUGAUGGUGUCCGUGGCUGAGAGAUUGUCCAAAAAAUGAAUAUUUGGCCGAGUAGCGAAGCUUCGAGGGCAGAAGUGAAUUUUUUCGGACAACCUCUCAACCAAGGACAUUAUCAGCCGACAUGCCAGCAAGCCAGAAGGGGUUUAUUUAUUUUUUAACCCUUCUACUAAUUUUCAUACCGUGCGUUGGCAGCAAAUUUUGUUGACUUUUUUGUACUUUGCAGAGCAGCAUUUAAGAUCAGCUUUUUUGAUGUCGCUUUCACUGUACUCUACAAAACGAGUUCGUUCUUCUUCCAUGUAAAGUAAGUGAAACUCUUUCGAGCUGGCUUUUUUCCGCUAGUACUGUUUCUUUUCGACAGAAAUAAUCGGAGAACAAAUUUCGAGCUAAACGGGAAUUAUUGCGUGAGAACUAUCCUGUGAUUUUGCAUCACGUGACGUAAAGUAGCCAAUAGAAUCGCGCGUAGGUGGGUUAGAACACGCGAUAUUUGGACAGUUAUUGAUUUUGUACAUAAUAUAUAAUAGAGCAAUUGAUAAUAAAUAACUUUUUACACCUGG